CGGGCGCUGCCCCGGCCCGGCCGCCCGCGCCCGCCGCUGCCGCCAUGGGCUGCCUCGGGAACAGUAAGACCGAGGACCAGCGCAACCAGGAGAAGGCGCAGCGCUAGGCCAACGAAAAGAUCGAGAAGCAGCUGCAGAAGGACAAGCAGGUCUACCGGGCCACGCACCGCCUGCUGCUGCUGGGUGCUGGAGAAUCUGGUAAAAGCACCAUUGUGAAGCAGAUGAGGAUCCUGCAUGUUAAUGGGUUUAAUGGAGAGGGCGGCGAAGAGGACCCGCAGGCUGCAAGGAGCAACAGCGAUGGUGAGAAGGCAACCAAAGUGCAGGACAUCAAAAACAACCUGAAAGAGGCAAUCGAAACCAUUGUGGCCGCCACGAGCAACCUGGUGCCCCCUGUGGAGCUGGCCAACCCUGAGAACCAGUUCAGAGUAGACUACAUUCUGAGUGUGAUGAACGUGCCUGACUUCGACUUCCCUCCCGAAUUCUAUGAGCGUGCCAAGGCUCUGUGGGAGGAUGAAGGAGUGCGUGCCUGCUACCAGCGCUUCAACGAGUACCAGCUGAUUGACUGUGCCCAGUACUUCCUGGACAAGAUCGAUGUGAUCAAGCAGGCCGACUAUGUGCCGAGCGACCAGGACCUGCUUCGCUGCGUCCUGACUUCUGGAAUCUUUGAGACGAAGUUCCAGGUGGACAAAGUCAACUUCCACAUGUUUGACGUGGGUGGCCAGCGUGAUGAACGCUGCAAGUGGAUCCAGUGCUUCAAUGAUGUGACUGCCAUCAUCUUCGUGGUGGCCAGCAGCAGCUACAACAUGGUCAUUCGGGACGACGAUCAGACCAGCCGCCUUCAGGAGGCUCUGAACCUCUUCAAGAGCAUCUGGAACAACAGGUGGCUGCGUACCAUCUCUGUGAUUCUGUUCCUCAACAAGCAAGAUCUGCUCGCUGAGAAAGUCCUUGCUGGGAAAUCGAAGAUUGAGGACUCCUUUCCAGAAUUUGCUCGCUACACUACUCCUGAGGAUGCUACUCCCGAGCCUGGAGAGGACCCACGUGUGACCCGGGCCAAGUACUUCAUUCGAGAUGCGUUUCUGAGGAUCAGCACUGCCAGUGGGGAUGGGCGCCACUACGGCUACCCUCACUUCACCUGCGCUGUGGACACGAACAUCCGCCGUGUGUUUAACAACUGCCGUGACAUCAUCCAGCGCAUGCACCUCCGUCAGUACGAGCUGCUCUAAGAGGGGAACCCCCAAAUUUAAUUAAAGCCUUAAGCACAAUUAAUUAAAAGUGAAACGUAAUUGUACAAGCAGUUAAUCACCCACCAUAGGGCAUGAUUAACAAAGCAACCUUUCCUUUCCCCCGAGUGAUUUUGCGAAACCCCCUUUUGCCUUCAGCUUGCUUAGAUGUUCCAAAUUUAGAAAGCUUAAGGCGGCCUACAGAAAAAGAAAAAGGAAAAAAAAAGGCCACAAAAGUUCCCUCUCACUUUCAGUAAAAAUAAAUAAAAUAGCAGCAA